UUUCAUAGACUGAAGGACUCAAAGGAGAUCUUUGCAGGCCAUAUCAUCACAAUCUCUUCUCGUUUGUUCCCCCAUUGUUUUAGACUACGUUUCAGGGUUGGAGAAUAUAUCUGAGGCCUAGUAAUGGCUCAUAAGGUUGAUCACGAAUACGAUUAUCUAUUUAAGAUCGUCUUGAUCGGAGAUUCUGGUGUUGGAAAAUCGAACAUUCUUUCGAGGUUUACUCGUAAUGAGUUCUGUUUGGAGUCUAAAUCGACCAUCGGAGUUGAAUUCGCUACAAGGACUUUGGAGGUAGAUGGAAAGACAGUCAAGGCACAGAUAUGGGACACGGCUGGUCAAGAGAGGUACCGUGCCAUCACGAGUGCAUAUUACAGAGGUGCAGUUGGUGCACUCUUGGUCUAUGACAUAACAAAGAGGCAAACUUUUGACAAUGUGCAGAGGUGGCUCCGUGAACUGAGGGAUCACGCAGACUCCAACAUUGUCAUCAUGAUGGCAGGGAACAAGUCUGAUCUAAGCCACUUGAGAGCUGUACAAGAGGAAGAUGCACGGGUUUUGGCCGAGAAGGAAGGACUCUCAUUUCUUGAGACAUCAGCAUUGGAAGCAUACAAUAUUGAGAAGGCUUUCCAAACUAUUUUGACAGAGAUCUACCACAUCAUAAGUAAGAAGGCACUAGCAGCCCAGGAAGCAGCCAACUCAACUAGUCUUCCAGGUCAAGGGACCACAAUCAAUGUUGGUGAUGCAUCAGGUAAUUGGAACAAGAAAAAUUGUUGUUCAACUUAGAGGGCAGGACUCAAUUCAUUCUAAAAGAAAGACGUUUUGCACAGACCGUUUUUUGGGUGCUUUAGAAAUGUAGAAUAUUUCUACUACUAGAGAAAAAAAAAUUCCUUGGAUGUUGUGAGAAACAGAGUUUUAAUCCAUCAUAGGGAAGUCUGUUAAAAGAAGUGAAACAUGACCGUGUUAGAAGCUUAGGUGGUUUUGCAUUUUCUUUCUGCUCCAUUCGCUAUUUUUUUGUCGCGCUAAUUGUUAUGGAAGAUAGUUUUGGCCUAAUUUAGCAGAGUGAGGUAUGGUUGAAGAGAGAAGAAGCAUUGUAAGUGUAGUGUCUCCUUUGUUCGUCAGAGUUCUAACUUGUAAUAAGAGUGAAAAA